AUGUCUGUUGAUAUUCCUUACAGGCAUUUAGGAUACUUAGAAGACAACGACAACGCAAGCCCAGGCGGAGCCGAGGAGCAGGAGACCGAUGGGAGGCAGAACCGCAGGACAGAGGUGGAAAAGGGGAUUCGGCAGUUGGACUCGGCAGUCAGACCCGGAGGGAGCGAGGACAACGGUGGAGCUGGAGAGAAGGAAGAGCCCAGUGAAGCCAAAGAGGGUGACGAGGUCUUAACCGUCAUAAAGAUGAAGGCUCAAUGGCCAGCCUGGCAACCCCUCAAUGUUCGAGCGGCUCCCUCAGCCGAGUUCUCAGUUGACCGUACACGUCACCUGAUGUCCUUUUUGACGAUGCUGGGCCCUAGUCCUGACUGGAACGUUGGUCUGUCAUCAGAAGACCUUUGCACCAGAGAAUGUGGAUGGGUCCAGAAGGUGGUUCAGGACCUCAUCCCAUGGGAUGCAGGAACAGACAGUGGAGUCACUUACGAGUCUCCCAACAAGCCUGCAGCACCUCAGGAGAAAAUUCGCCCCCUCACCAGUUUAGACCAUCCACAGAGCCCUUUCUACGACCCAGAGGGUGGUGCGAUCACUCCUGUGGCCAGAGUUGUUGUGGAGAGAAUUGCCCGCAAGGGUGAGCAGUGCAACAUUGUGCCUGAUAAUGUGGACGACAUUGUGGCUGACAUUGCCCAGGAGGAAAAAGAAGAAGAUGACACUCCAGAGACAUGUAUCUACUCCAACUGGUCUCCAUGGUCUGCAUGCAGCUCCUCGACGUGUGAGAAGGGGAAGAGGAUGAGGCAGAGAAUGUUGAAGGCACAGCUGGAUCUUAGUGUGCCCUGUCCACACACACAAGACUUUGAGCCCUGCAUGGGGCCUGGCUGCAGUGAUGAGGAUUCUUCCACAUGUAUAAUGUCAGAAUGGAUCACAUGGUCACCAUGCAGCGUGUCAUGUGGCGCAGGUGUGCGCUCUAGGGAGCGCUAUGUAAAACAGUUUCCUGAUGAUGGCUUUCCCUGCACCCUUCCCACUGAUGAGACAGAGCCAUGCACCGUCAAUGAGGACUGCUCUCCAAGCAGUUGUCUGGUUACUGAAUGGGGUGAAUGGGAUAUAUGCAGUGCUACCUGUGGGCUUGGCAUGAAAAGACGGGAACGGAUGGUGAAAAUGCCCCCAUCUGAUGGCUCCAUUUGUGGGGCUGAGGUGGUAGAAGCAGAGAAGUGCAUGAUGCCAGAAUGCCAUACUAUCCCGUGUUUACUGUCCCCGUGGUCGGACUGGAGUGACUGCAGUGUGACCUGUGGUAAAGGCUCACGGGCACGUCAGCGCAUGCUUAAAUCACCUGCAGAGUUGGGAGAAUGCAGUGAGGAGCUGGAACAGACAGAGAAGUGCAUGCUGCCAGAGUGUCCAAUGAACUGUAUGAUGUCAGAGUGGUCUGAGUGGUCAGAGUGCAGUAAGUCCUGCGGGAAAGGUCACUUGAUCCGCACACGCAUGAUCACUAUGGAGCCUCAGUUUGGAGGAGAUCCAUGCCCUGAGACCACACAGAGAAAAACAUGCAAGAUCAAGAAGUGUAAUCAAGGACGCUUAAACAGUGACGAGAGGAAGAGACGCAGAGAAGACCGUAAGAAGAGGAAGAACAAACAGGGAAGGGAAGAGAGCGCAGAUGAGCUCGCAGGAUGCAAAAUGAAGCCGUGGUCUGGAUGGACUGACUGUACCAAGAUGUGUGGUGGGGGAAUCCAGGAGAGGCUAAUGGCGGCCAGGAAGAGAUUCAAAAAUGCACAACUAAAUAGCUGUAAAGACCGAAAAGAGAUACGGGCUUGCAAUGUCCACCCCUGCUAGGGCUGUACUGAAGGGGCUUGUGGGAUGGUACCCAAUCUGGGUUAUGAACAGACUGACAAUGUCUUGCAGUAAUUUAAUGCACUCUGUUAGGGGUUGAUAAGCUGCAAGAGGUAGUCUGUUAUUAUGUUUUCUAGAAUUUAUAGUGACCCAGGCCUUGUCUGGCCUGUAAACAGAUGAGAAACCAAGAAGGAGGGUGGUCAGAGUUGCAAUGUACUGUACAAUUAAGAUGUAUUAAUAUGCAUUCAUAUUUAAGAGUAGCAGCCCUUUGAGAAACUUUGAAGUUAUUUUAAAGAUUGUUUUUUCACAAGUAGGACCAUGGAGUUAAUGUGUUCUGACAUGAAAUUUAAAACAUAUUUCUUCUUUUACACUCUGUGACACACACACACACACACACACACACAUAUAUAUAUAUAUAUAUAUAUAUCGUCGCUGUCCGAUGAAAACCGCGUAUGUCCAUUUUGCCGAUUUUGAGAUUUUUAUAUAUAUAUAUAUAUAUAUAUAUAUAUACAUUCCUCUUUUUCUUUUUUUCUGGCUAUUACAAACAGACCAGAUCAGAAGAGCUACAUUUAGAUGCAAGCAAAAAAUUAUUUCAAGAGAUUUGAAAUUCAAUGUUGAAAUGACUGUAAAUGUCCUGGGUUUUUAAUUUUUUUUUUUUUUCAGCCUGGUCUCAUUUAAACAAAGGUAUUGUUUGUAACAUUUAAACAAAAGGUACAAACGAGUACGAAAGCAUACUUUUUUGGAUAGAUACUGAAACUUGCGAUAUGGAACUAUUGACAACAUCUAUAUAAUGUAAAUAUUAUUAUGUAAUUGCAGCUAUAGAAAUGUGAAAUAUUUACAAAUCUUUUAUGUCAUAAAUAUAUUUAUAGUUACAUUUGUACCAUUUUAUAUAUUUUAGAUCCCUUGACCCUACCACCAGACCUAAACAUACCGGUAAUAAUCACUUUUAUAGAGUUUAAAAAUAUUAUAUAAAACAUAAUAAUAGGCAGAUAGAUGUAUAAUGACAAGUUUAGUUUCAAUAUACCAUUAAAUACAUAUUUAAUGCUAAUUGCUAAUCUCACUCUAAACCUAACCUAACAAUUUCUUAAAAAUAUAUAGCCUACAGUAUGAAGAGAAAUGUAACAGACAGACAAGUGUAAUCAACAUAACAAUUAUGUAUUGUUAAAAUGUAAAAAAAAAAAA